CUUGCUUCUCUUCCUCCUCUCUUUUUCCCACGCAACAACACACGACGUUCAGCUUUGCUUUUCGAACUUCCCUUGUCCAACUACAUCUUUCCUUUCAACAACCAACAAUCACUCAAAAUGCCCGCUGACUGGAAGUCUGUUGAGACUCUGGAGCGUCUUAUCGCUGCCCUCAUCGCUUCCAACGGAGGAAAGGUCGACAACAUGGCUGUCGCCAGAUACUUCAACGACAGCUUUGACACCAUCGAGAAUCGCUGCCGCAUCUACAAGAAGGCCGCCCUGACUCUCGUCAAGGAUGCCGAAGACACUGGUCGCAUCAAUCAGGAUAUGAAGAAGAGAACUGGCGCUCCCAAGAAGACCGCUGCCACCAAGAAGGGCGACCCCUCCACCCCCGACGACUCCGUCAAGUCCGGUCGCGUCACCAAGCGCGCUUCCAAGACCCCCUCGAAGAUCAAGAGGGCCGUUUCGGACGAGGACGAGGACGAGGCAUGAAGAUAUGCCUGUCUUCACUCCCUUCAAGUUCGAGAUCGGAGAUGAGGCCUAGAUGGUUGGAGCAUGCUUCAAGGGCAUCUCAGGUUCAAGUGGUUACCGAUUUGUAUCAUAGCAAGUAAAGUCACCGAGGACUGAUAGGAGGAUACAG